CAGAAUAUUCUUACCCAUUUGAUGUUUUUUUUUCUUUAAUUCAUAGAAGAAAAAUAUCUUAGUUAACUGAACGAUGCCAACGAUAUCGGUUAAUAAGGAGGAAUUGUUUAAAGCUCUUGGAAGACGUUACACUUUUGAAGAAUUUGAUGAACUUUGUUUUGAGUUUGGAGUAGAACCAGAGGAAGCUGAUGAAAAGGACAUAGCAGAAAACCCAGAUGCUGCAUUAGAGUGGAAAAUAGAAAUUGGUGCCAAUAGGUAUGACUUGCUGUGCAUUGAAGGACUGGUCAGAGGGCUCCUGGUGUUUUUAGAAAAAAUUACACCCCCAAGAUACCAACCUAUCCCACCAUGGACUGGCAACACAAAGAAACUCAUUGUUUUACCAAGAACUGCUGAAGUGAGACCAUUUGCAGUAGCAGCAGUUUUAAGAAACAUCACUUUUACUCCUGAAAGAUAUAAGAGUUUUAUUGACCUUCAAGACAAACUUCACCAAAAUGUCUGCAGGAAGAGAACCUUAGUGGCCAUAGGAACACAUGACCUGGACACAAUUAAAGGACCAUUCUACUACGAUGCUAAGCCCCCUUCAGAAAUUAAAUUUAAAGCUCUGAAUCAAACAGAAGAAAAGACAGCCCCAGAGCUUAUGGAACUCUAUUCUAAUGAGAGCCACUUGAAGCAGUACCUUCACAUAAUCCAGGACAAACCUGUGUACCCUGUUAUCUAUGACAGUAGAGGGGUUGUGUUAUCCAUGCCACCUAUAAUAAAUGGAGACCACAGUAAAAUAACAUUGAAAACAAAGAAUGUUUUCAUUGAGUGCACAGCCACAGACCUCAACAAAGCUAAGAUCACGCUGGACACGAUUGUUACGAUGUUUGGUCAGUACUGUUCCCCACCAAAUGAAGGAACAGAGUCGGUAGAAGUUGUGAAGCCCUGUGGAACCAGUGUUAUGUAUCCUGAACUUCACUAUAGGCUGGAAGAAAUAGAUGUAUCAGAAACAAAUAGAAAAAUAGGAAUAUGCAUCCCUCCUGGUGAGAUGGCGAGACUAUUGACCCGAAUGUGUUUGGAAUCCACUCCUUUUGACAGUGGCAAUAAAAUAAUGGUGGAGGUCCCACCCACAAGGCAUGAUGUCAUUCAUGCAUGCGAUAUUGUGGAAGAUGUGGCUAUUGCUUAUGGGUACAACAACAUAGAAAAGACUAUUCCUCAAACCAACUGUAUUGGAAACCAGUACCCUGUCAACAAAUUAUCAGAUUUACUGCGGCAAGAGAUCGCUGCAGCUGGUUUCACAGAGGUCUUGACAUUUGCUCUGUGUUCCCGUGAAGAUUUAGCAGACAAGUUAGGAAAAAAUAUCAAAGACAUUAAGGCAGUUCAUAUUGCCAAUCCCAAAACACUGGACUUUCAGGUUGCUAGGACAACACUGCUUCCGGGGAUACUGAAAACCAUCAGUAAAAACCAGGGGAUGCCAUUACCCCUAAAGUUGUUUGAAAUCUCAGACAUUGUUCUGACUGACUCUAAAAAAGAUGUUGGAGCCCGUAAUGAGAGAUGGAUAUGUGCAAUGAACUACAAUAAAUCCUCAGGGUUUGAGAUUGUUAAGGGACUGCUGGACAGAAUCAUGCAGUUAAUGGAGAUUCCAUUUGAGAAAGGAGACAAAGGAUACUACAUUAAAGCCACUGAUGAUCCAACAUAUUUCCAAGGACGUUGCGCGACAGUCAUAUUGAGAGGGAAGCCGAUUGGGAAGAUAGGAGUGCUGCAUCCUGAUGUAGUGACAAAGUUUGAAAUAAGCAACCCCUGUUCUGCCUUUGAGAUAUCAUUGGAGCCAUUAUUACAGAGAUCCUGAUCCUGAGCUCGUGAUCUGUGUCAUUAACUUUAUCCAUCCAUUAACACUGUAUUAUGUUCAAUACCUCUAACUCUCGAGUAUUUAUUGUACAUCAGGAAAAUAUUACAUCACACAUAGUCUGAGAAUGUAAAUGGACAUGAAGUGCUACAACAAAUAAAAUAGUAUCAAGGGUAA